AAUUGGCCGGCAGCCAUUGGCCCCUCUGGCCUCACCCGAAUUUCCCAGCCAAGCACAGGAGAGAUGCCCUGGCCGGUCCUGCUCUUUGCAGCUGGUUCUUUGGCAAUCCCGGCACCAUCUAUCCUGCUGGUGCCCCCACACCCCAGCAGCCAAGAGGACCCCAUCCACAUCUCAUGCGUGGCCCCCAGGGGCUUCCUGGGGGCAAAUUUUACACUGUACCGAGGGGAACAUAUGGUCCAGUUCCUGGAGGCCCCCGCAGACCAGCUUGGGGUCAUUUUCAACCUGAGUGGCAGUAGCAGUGAGGCUCCAGGGGGACCGUUCCAAUGCCAAUAUGGCGUGAUGGGUGAGCACAGCCAGCCACAGCUGUCAGACUUCAGUAAACCUGUGCAUGUCUUUUUCCCAGUGCCCUCUUGGAUCCUGGUGCUCACCCUGAGCCUGGUUGGAACCUUCCUCCUCCUUGCUGGGCUGGUGACCAUGGUUGUGGUAGUCAGGAAAGUUAAAGUCAAAAAUUUACAGAAGAAAAGAGAUCAAGAAUCCUGCUGGGCCCAGAUUAACUUCGCCACCACAGUUUCAGACAUGUCCUUUGAUAACUCCUUGUUUGCCAUCUCCUCGAAAAUGACUUCAGAGGAAGACUCAGUUACCCUGGAUGCUGGCUCGGGAACCACUGUCAUCCCUGGCAACUCUGAAGCCCAGAAGAGGCCCACCUCCACAUCAUCUUCACCUGAGCCACCCGAGUUCACCACUUUCCGGGCCUGUCAGUGAGGCUGAGGAUUGGGGGUCCCCUCUAUCUCCCAGCCUUUUAGGACCUAAGAUCCCACCAGCUACUUCUGGGGGGCUCCAGGUGCUGCUUUUUCAGGGAAAUGAACAGAGGUGGUGAAGGGGACCCCUGGACUUUUGUCACAAAGGAGUGGGAAAGACAGGCAUUAGCCUGGAGGCUGAACUAAAAGCAGAAAGCCUCACUUUGGAUUUUCAGCUUCUAAGGAUCACUGGACAAGGAGAUAUCAGGAUCCCUUCUGGCCCCCCUUCGUAACAUAAGGGUUCCCCCCUCUCCCCUGCUGCACAGAAUUGGGCACCUGCCUCUUCCCUCCUGGGUGUUUUGAGCAUAGGGUACUGGGGUGUGUUCUGUGUGUUAAUGUGCUGGUGUACCUAACUCAUUCAUUCUAACACGUGUUGAGGUAUUCCCAA